AUGAUAAGUCAUCAAAAUGACUUUGCAGGAUUAAAUAGCUUGAGAACUAAAAAUAUAAAUGAAAUUGCAGAAUUAGUUAAAAAGGCUAAAGAAAAUAAGAAAAAUUUAAAUAUUGAUUGUAAUGAAGAGGAAAACUUAAAACAUUUAAAAAAUUUUGCUGAAAAUCAAGGGAAUUGUUUCAAUAUAUGUAAAAAUAAUUUAAUUAAAAGAUUUGAAAAAGAUAUAACUGAAUAUAAAAAUUUUAGUUAUAAGAAUAAUAUUAAUUUCAAUGAAAAAAAUAUGAAAAAUUUGGAAAAGGAAUAUAAAGAUAUAGAACAUCAACUUUGCUUUUAUACUUGUGCAAGAAAAUAUUCUCAUUUACUUGGUGACAACAAAUAA